CACUCGAAGGCUCUUAAUUUUGGGCGGUUUUGGAGCAGAGAACAAAGAAGCAGAAGCAAGCAGAGAGGUCUUCUUCGUUUUCAAAGUUUCAAGAGCGAAAGAUGUUGUUCUUCUCGUAUUUCAAGGAUUUGGUGGGCAGAGAAGUUACUGUCGAAUUGAAGAAUGACCUCGCAAUAAGGGGGACUCUACAUUCCGUCGAUCAGUACCUGAAUAUAAAGCUCGAGAACACUAGAGUGGUUGAUCAAGACAAGUAUCCUCACAUGCUUUCAGUAAGAAACUGCUUCAUAAGGGGAUCGGUGGUUAGAUAUGUUCAACUACCUCCAGACGGAGUUGAUAUCGAUCUGCUUCACGAUGCGACAAGGAGAGAAGCUCGUGGUGGCUGAUUGUUUCCUAGUGCCAUUUAUGCCAUGCACAAGGAAAGGGAGGGAUGCGACGUUCCCCUGGUGGUUCUGUUUGUUUGUUUGACACUUGAUUUUGAUAUUAUACUUGUAGACUUAUUAAUUGCUGAGAUCAUACAUAUGAAUAGAUUCUUCACUUCAAGGAGCUUCUUUUUGUUAUUUUUCCAAGGGUGUUACUGUAAUAGCCAAUAGGAAUGUAACAGUUGUUGGUGAGGAA